GCGGGGGAUGCUGGGGCGGGCUGCCAUCUUUGAUUCUGGGAGAGACAACAACAACAACAAGGAGGAGGGAGAGCGCCGGCGGGUCCCCAGGACAUGUCCACAAUGGUUUAUCCACGCGAUGAGAAGCUCAGUCAGGAGGAUAUCAUUUCCAACACCAAGGUGGUGAUGCAGGGCCUGGAGGCUCUGAAGAAUGAACAUAACUCGAUCCUGCACAGUCUGCUGGAGACCAUCAGCUGCCUGAAGAAGGAUGAGGAAGCCAACCUGGUGCAUGAGAAAUCCAACCUCAUCAGGAAGUCCGUGGAGAUGAUCGAGCUGGGGCUCGGAGAGGCUCAGGUGAUGAUGGCCCUGUGCACCCACCUGAACACAGUGGAGUCUGAGAAGCAGAAGCUGCGAGCUCAGGUCCGCCGGCUGUGUCAGGAGAACCAGUGGCUGAGGGAUGAGCUGGCCAAUACCCAGCAGAAACUGCAGCGAAGUGAACAAACAGUCGCUCAGCUCGAGGAGGAGAAAAGACAUCUCGAGUUCAUGAACCAGCUGAAGAAAUACGACGAUGACCUCUCUCCCUCUGAAGAAAAGGAAGGUGACUCUUCGAAGGAUUCACUGGAGGAUCUCUUUCCUGAGGAGGAAGAGCAUGGCACAGGAAUCAGUCACCCUCAUGGCAGCAGUGCUGUUGCAGCUGCUCAGCAGGGUGGAUAUGAGAUCCCUGCCCGCCUGAGGACCCUGCACAACCUGGUGAUCCAGUAUGCCUCUCAGGGACGCUAUGAGGUGGCAGUGCCCCUCUGCAAGCAGGCACUGGAGGAUCUGGAGAAGACUUCAGGCCAUGAUCACCCUGAUGUAGCGACCAUGCUCAACAUCCUGGCACUGGUGUACAGGGACCAGAAUAAAUACAAGGAGGCUGCCCAUCUGUUAAACGAUGCCCUGUCCAUCCGAGAGAAGACCUUGGGCAAGGACCACCCAGCUGUAGCAGCGACGCUGAAUAAUCUCGCCGUUCUGUACGGCAAACGAGGCAAGUACAAAGAAGCUGAGCCUCUGUGUAAGAGAGCGUUGGAAAUCCGGGAGAAGGUCCUGGGCAAAGAUCACCCUGAUGUGGCCAAACAGCUGAAUAAUCUGGCACUGCUGUGUCAGAACCAGGGCAAGUAUGAGGAAGUGGAGUACUAUUACAGACGUGCCCUGGAAAUCUAUGAGUCUCGGCUUGGACCUGAUGAUCCAAAUGUGGCCAAGACCAAGAACAACCUGGCAUCGUGCUAUCUGAAGCAAGGCAAGUACAAGGAGGCUGAGACUCUGUACAAGGAUAUCCUGACACGUGCUCAUGAAAAGGAAUUUGGAUCAGUCAACGGUGAGAAUAAACCCAUCUGGAUGCAUGCUGAGGAACGUGAAGAGCUCAGCAAGGGCAAACACAAGGACAGUGCUCCCUACGCAGAGUAUGGUGGCUGGUACAAGGCUUGCAAAGUUAACAGUCCUACAGUCAACACCACACUGAGAAAUCUGGGAGCGUUGUACAGGCGACAGGGGAAGCUGGAAGCUGCUGAAACCCUUGAGGAAUGUGCCACCCGAUCUCGCAAACAGGGCAUCGAUCCCAUUCACCAGAGCAGGGUGGUGGAGAUUCUGAAGGACGGGGAGCCUGCCGAUCGCAGGAGGUCCCGGGACAGUGCGGCUGGGCCCCCAGUCAAGUAUGAGAGUAGCUCGGAAGGUGGUGAGGAGGUCAGCGUGGCGGUGGAGUGGACUGGGGAUGGGAGUGGCACACUGAGACGGAGUGGCUCACUCGGGAAAAUCCGCGAUGUUCUGAAACGUAGCAGUGAGAUGCUGGUCAAGAAACUCCAGGGAAAUGGUCAGCCUGAGCAGAAAAAUCCCAGCAUGAAACGAGCAUCCUCUCUGAAUUACCUCAACCGCACCAGCGAGGAAUCGUUCCAGGGAUCCCGCAAUAACUUGGCCGAGUCUAGGGGUCUGAGUGCCAGUAAUGUGGAUCUCUGUAACCACUCCUCACUCCUUGAGCAGAACUAGCUGUUUCAGGGAGCAAGGGGCAGCUGAUCAGGGACCUGCGAAAAUGCUGCAGCCUGAUUGGACGUCAGCUGCUGCUCCUGAGACAUGCGGAACGUGAUGCUGUACAGUUCAUGGGAAUAAUCCAGAGCAGCGUCUGUCAGAGUGUGAUGGAAACUGGGCUCUCCUACUCACCACCUCCACCCUCUCCUCUCAGUGACAGUCGAAACAGGAGAUGGUAAUCAAGGCUGAGCAGUGACAGGCAAACCUUUCGUCUGUACACAUCCCCCCCCCCACCUCUCUCCCUGUACAGCCAACUGCCCGUAACCCACUCCCUUCAUAUACUUUCAGGAACCUGUACCAUCCCUAACCCAUACUUUAGUAGUCUGUACAUCUCCCACCUCCCUGUCCUCUCAACAAUCUGUACCAUCUUCACUCUAUGCCUCUCAGCAGACUGUACCCGUUUAUGCUCUCUCUGUCUGUACACCCGGCAGAGUGUAUUCCUUGCAGCUCGCUCUGCCUGUACACCCGGCAGACUGUACCCUAUGUAGCUCUCUCUGCCUGUACACCCGGCAGAGUGUAUUCCUUGCAGCUCGCUCUGCCUGUACACCCAGCAGACUGUAUCCUUCACCGUUUUCUCUGCCUGUACACCCAGCAGACUGUACCCUUCGCAGCUCUCUCUGCCUGUACACCCGGCAGACUGUACCCCUUGCAGCUCUCCCUGCCUGCAAACCCAGCAGACUGUACCCCCUGCAGCUCGCUCUGCCUGUACACCCGGCAGACUGUACCCCAUGCAGCUCUCUCUGCCUGUACGCCCGGCAGACUGUACCCCAUGCAGCUCUCUUUGCCUGUACACCUGGCAGACUGUACCCCAUGCAGCUCGUCCUGCCUGUACGCCCGGCAGACUGUACCCCAUGCAGCUCUCUUUGCCUGUACACCUGGCAGACUGUACCCCAUGCAGCUCGUCCUGCCUGUACACCCGGCAGACUGUACCCCAUGCAGCUCGCCCUGCCUGUACACUCGGCAGACUGUACCCCAUGCUGCUUGCUCUGCCUGUACACCUGGCAGACUGUACCCCAUGCAGCUCUUUCUGCCUGUACACCCAGCAGACUGUACCCCAUGCAGCUCUCUCUGCCUGUACAGCCAGCAGACUGUACCCCAUGCAGCUCUCUCUGCCUGUACACCCGGCAGACUGUACCCCAUGCAGCUCGCCCUGCCUGUACACCCGGCAGACUGUACCCCAUGCAGCUAGCCCUGCCUGUACACCCGGCAGACUGUACCCCAUGCAGCUCACUCUGCCUGUACACCCAGCAGACUGUACCCCAUGCAGCUCUUUCUGCCUGCACACCCGGCAGACUGUACCCCAUGCAGCUCUCUCUGCCUGUACACCCGGCAGACUGUACCCCAUGCAGCUCGCCCUGCCUGUACACCUGGCAGACUGUACCCCAUGCAGCUCGCCCUGCCUGUACACCCUGCAGACUGUACCCCAUGCAGCUCGCCCUGCCUGUACACCCGGCAGACUGUACCCCAUGCAGCUCUCUCUGCCUGUCUGAUCUCUCUGAUCUCCAGCAUCUGCAGCCCUCACUUUCUCCCUGUCCUGGUAUUUCCCUGUGAACUGCAAGCUUCCUUUUCAUGUAUUUCACCAGUUUGCUGUUUAAAUCUGCCUCCUCUACUCUUGCAGAUCGCAAGUUCCAGAUCAUAACAACUCGUGAUGUUCAUUAACUUCCUACCUUCCAGCUUAGUUUGCUCAUGUUUUCCCUUAAACUACGCUCCCUGACAAAGGAACUUCAGCAGUUCUGUCCGGUCUAUGUCCAGCUAGUAGACAGGAAGGCAGGCAGUCUAAUGAAGUCUAAUUGUGCUGUCCUCACUUGUUCACCACCUAUUGUCUUAGUGCAGAUGUUGCUCAGAGUUCUGGCUCAGUGCUAUCACUGCACUCACAGACUGGCUGUAUUGGCAGAGGUCUUGGACUGUCACAGUUUUAAUACACGUGUCACACAGUUACCCUAGAUACAGGUUUGGGGAUCUCAGUACAAUAUUUAACACUGCUCAGGAUCCACCUCCUUUCCACUGUCUCCCAGCUAGUGAGGGAAUAGGAACAUACCUGGAUUUGAGGAUGGGUCAAUCACUGAUAAUGUGUGGAUUACCCAAGGCGUACACUUGACUUGAUCCUACUAUGAAAACACUAAAUUGACAUGAUUGAGGAUUCCUGGUUUGUUUUUGACACAAUCUGGAAUUUUGGUACAAAUUCUCACACUCCUAGCCCAGUUCCUGAAUGUAAGGUUAAUCAGAACUGAGUUUCUGCUGGAUUUAAUCUAAACUAUAUGAAUGAAUUUGAUUUAAAUAUCUUUCAGGAUCUCUAUUUCUCUUAAUUAAUGUAAUGUAUUUGACUCACUGUGUCAGGUGCUGUGUCUAGAAUAGUUGAUUAGUUUGGGGCCUAGUCAG